AUGUUAUCCCAACAACUUGCUGACAAAAAUUCUGCAAUUCUUGUACUUCAAAAUGACAUACUGGUUUUACAGGAAAAGUUAGAAGAUAUUCAGCAAGUAACACAAAACACCAAAAAUGAAAAAUGCUACUCAGCAGAUAUCAGAACACUUAUAUAUGACAUGCUUGUGUGCCAAGUUCCUACACAUAGUGUGCCAUCUCUGCUCCAUAAAAUUGGAGAACAUACUGGCUAUCAAUUUAGUCAAAUUCCACAUCGGACAACUGUAGAACAAAUGAUGCGUGAGCUUGGUGUUCUUUCGGACUUACAGACUGCUGAGAUAGCAGAUCUGACACUUGGUUUUGAUGCAACAACCCAGGAGGGUGUUCAUGUAAAUGCUGUGCACUUAACAACCAAAUCAGUAUGUAUGGUUGUAGCUAUUGAUCAACUUUCUGGAGGUACAGCUUAUGAUUAUCAGAGUCAUAUUACAAAAUCUGUUGAUAAUCUUGCUAAGUUAUAUAGUGACUUCUACAAGCUUAAAUACACUGAUGUAAGAAGCACUAUUAUCGGGAACAUAACAAAUACCAUGAGUGAUAGAGUUGCAACAAACCAUGCAACAGUUUCAAAGUUAAACCUAGUUUGGCAGAAAUCAUUAAAUGAACUUAACUGUCACCUUCACCCCUUGGACACAAUGACAAGCUCUUGCAAGUCUUCACUUAAAGCAUUAGAGACUUCAAAAGGGAAACUUUUUGGAAGAGACUGCAUAGCAGCAAACAUUGUUGUACAGCUGAACAAACUUCGUUACAAGGAUGCUAAAGGCGAUCCAAAGGGUUUUGAAACCUUUUUGGACCAACAUGAGUUGCCCAGAGGAUUGCUACCACGCUAUAGAGGGAACAAGCUACAUAUACUUUUUCACACAUGUGGUAUUUUAAUCCAUCAUUAUGCCAUAUUGAAGAUAUUUCUGUGUUCUGGCUUGGCGUUAUGUGGAGGUCUGCGAAAUAGUUUGUUUCAAGACUUUACAUCUGAAAUAGGUAUCCGUGAGUUGUGUGUUUUAGCUUUAAUUGGAAAGCUACUUUCUGGCCCUUGGAUGACAAAAUUUUAUAUUGCACCAGGUACAGGACUUGACUACAUAUCUGGCAUUCAGGUAGUAAAAGAUGUUAGGAACACUCUUAUUGAGAGCAGCAAGAAUCCCUUAUCUCUACUUAAACGAAAAACUGAUUUCUUUGGUAAUGAUAUUAAAGAUGUUGUUUUUGAUUCAAUAAUCAGCUUUUGCCCAGUAACUAAUGAAAUGAGUAAAGCAUUAGGUGACUGUCUUAAUGCUGUUAUUAGCGUCAUUGACAGGCAGUACAAGCGUCAGUUCGAAAUGAGUUCUAAUGAUCUUCUUAAAGACCAGACUAAGUCAGCUAGGCUUCACAACAUUGAUUCAGAAGAACUUAUGGGUAUGUUUAGCGCUGCAAAGCACAAAGCUCCUAAUGCUACUCUUUGUUUUCUUUCUUCGAAACUUCGUGCUUGCAAAAAUAAAACAACUGCUCUGCUUUUUAAAAAGCCAACUGAUAUUCAAAACAAGUUGAUAUUAUGGGCUAUCUCUAAUGCCAGGAAAAAUCGAUUUACAAGUAUGCAAUGUCAUAAUGAACUGAAGUUAGAACUGCUAAAACGAAUGGCAGAUAAAAUUCAGAAAAGGGAGGACAAAGACCGCAGAAAGGUAGAAAAAAUAUUAAAAAGUUGCAUGCCCGAUCAGGUAAAAGAAAUGUUUCCUGAUCUAGAAAAUAACGAGGCCUCAGAUAUUGAAGAAAUUCUUAUUGGAGCUGCUAUUGGAAGAAGUAUUUGCCACAUGUGGUUUGAUAAUGCCAAUAACACCCAUGAGGUAUAUUACGGCAGAAUUGUUAACAUUAAAAAGAAGAACAAUGAUAUAUAUAUAUAGUUUCUUAUUGGAAACCAAAUGAAAAUGAAGAUGAUGACGGUGUUGAGUAUGAUAUAAGCAAAUAUCAACUUUCUGCAGACAUAAUAAGCGGUGAUAUGGUGAUAACAUAACAGAAUUGUGUAAUAAUAAGGUAUAUGUUAUUUUAAGUAUUAGUAUGUCUUAUAAACUUGCAUUA